CGCCCCGGAAGUGCAAACGCUGCGGUCUCACCGGUGCCGAUUUUGUGGGCGAGGCGGACGAGAGAUGCCAGGCGCCCCGGCGAAGGGCUCGGAAUUGUCCGAGAGGAUCGAGAGCUUCGUGGAAGCUCUGAAGCGGGGCGGCGGGCGGCGCAGCUCCGAAGAUAUGGCUCGGGAAACCCUGGGACUGCUACGGCAGAUCAUCACGGACCACCGCUGGAGCAACGCAGGGGAGCUGAUGGAGAUUAUCCGCAGGGAGGGCCGGAGGAUGACGGCCGCGCAGCCCUCAGAGACUACAGUGGGCAACAUGGUGCGGAGAGUGCUCAAGAUUAUCCGGGAGGAGUAUGGCAGACUUCACGGACGGAGUGACGAGAGUGAUCAGCAGGAAUCCUUGCACAAACUCCUGACAUCCGGAGGCCUGAGUGAGGAUUUCAGUUUCCAUUAUGCCCAACUUCAGUCCAACAUCAUCGAGGCCAUUAAUGAGCUGCUGGUGGAGCUGGAAGGGACAACGGAGAACAUUGCAGCCCAGGCUUUGGAGCAUAUCCACUCCAAUGAAGUGAUCAUGACCAUUGGCUACUCCCGAACAGCAGAGGCCUUCCUCAGAGAGGCUGCCCGAAAGCGGAAAUUCCACGUCAUUGUAGCAGAGUGUGCGCCUUUCUGCCAGGGUCAUGAAAUGGCCAUCAAUUUGUCCGAAGCAGGUAUUGAGACCACUGUCAUGACUGAUGCUGCCAUUUUUGCUGUUAUGUCAAGAGUCAACAAGGUGAUCAUUGGCACAAAGACCAUCCUGGCCAACGGUGCCCUGAGAGCUGUGACGGGAACUCACACUCUAGCACUAGCAGCAAAACACCAUUCCACCCCACUCAUCGUCUGUGCUCCCAUGUUCAAGCUUUCCCCACAGUUCCCCAAUGAAGAGGAUUCAUUUCACAAGUUUGUGGCUCCUGAAGAAGUACUGCCUUUCACAGAAGGGGACAUUCUGGAGAAGGUCAGUGUUCAUUGCCCUGUGUUUGACUACGUCCCCCCAGAGCUCAUUACCCUCUUUAUCUCCAACAUUGGUGGGAAUGCACCUUCCUACAUCUACCGCCUGAUGAGCGAACUCUACCAUCCUGACGAUCAUGUCCUGUGAGCAGCUCGCGUCCUGAGCAGAAGUUGCUAAGGUCACAGAGUGGAGAGACUUCGGUGUUACUGCUAAAACACAUCCUCCUUGUAAAGAGGGACUGCACAUUAGCCAACCUCAAAGAAACUUGAUCGUUUCCCUGCCUUUUCGCUCGUCUGGUAACAAGGACUCACAUCCAGGACUGGUUUUGCCUCUUGGGUCUUCACACAGCCACAGGGCUGACCUACUCAUUCUGAAGUCUCUUAGUGACAAGGUUACAUCAGCUUCAGGAGUUUAAACUUUCUGGUUUGGUGCUGUGUUAAACAUAACACCAAAUACCUUGCUGGGAUACAGAUUUUUGCUCAGCGAUGACUACCCCACCUUUAACUAGGCUCUGCCAAUAAAAGCUACAUGAAGGCUCC